GUCCUGAAAAUAAAGUUUUGUAACAAGCUGGAGAAAGUGUUUGAAAAACAAGUUGAAGUGCGGAACCUGCACACACUGUGUCUUCUUGAGUUGCCUAUGCUAUCAGUUAUUGGUGCUACACUGCCUAAUCUGGAGAUUUACAAAAAAGACAAAUGCCCAAAGCUGAAUACUUCAGAGGAAAAUCUCAUAAGCAGAGACAGAGUGACGGUCUAGCGCAAUGAGGAUAUAUGCAAAAACACAGAGGCAGCCGAAGCAGGAUCAAGCUACCAACCAUUCUUUCUCUGGACCCUUUUCCUAAUUAUAUAAUCUGUUCUGUGUGUGUGUGUGUGUGUGUAAAUCACGACCAUAUGUAAACCUGUGUGUUUCAUGAGCUCCUAGUUCGUAAUCUGGCGAUAGAUGCUCUGUUUUUUAAUGGACCCUAAGGCCUCUGUUCUAAUUGGCGAUAGAUGCUCUGUUUUUCAAUGGACCCCAAGGCCUCUAUUUUAAUUGCUCUCUGCUUUCUUGGCACCAUUGCUACAAGUUAUUUCAAAGAGUUGCAUGAAUUUGAUAUUUUGGUGGUGAGCUCCAGGAUUAAGGACGUUUAGACAGACACACUUGAUGCAGUGGGCCAUGCUCUCUGUCGCUUUAUGAUGUUAUCGUUUUUGAAAAAAAAACUUGAAAUAAAACCAGUGCUUUUUUUGUAGAAAAAGACUACAAACCCCAAAAAUAACCAACAAAGGAAUUCCACAGAGCACACAAGGUAUCUAGAAGCAUCAAAAAGGAAAAAAGUGUUAGAAGCAGAUCUAAUCAGAACCGUUUCUCGGCAGGAAACAGGGGAAAAUGGUGGAAGUGAUUCCCAAACAAAUCAAAGAUAUUUGGGAUAGCUGGAAUAUCAGGGGAAUGAUCAUCCUCAGUCUCUCGCUUCAGACAAUUCUCAUUUUCUUGUCCCCCUCCAGGAAACGAACAUCUAACAAGUUCCUGAUCCUGUUCGUGUGGUCCUCGUAUCUCUUGGCAGAUUUGUCAGCAAAUUUUGCGGUCUCAUUGAUUGCCAAGAACCAAGGUAAAGCCCCUAAACCCGAUGAUCCUCCGCAAAAUAAGAAGCUCCUCGCCUUGUGGGCACCUUUCUUGCUUUUACACCUAGGUGGACCAGACACCAUCACUGCGUUUUCCCUCGAAGACAAUGCUCUUUGGAACAGACAUUUUCUUGGCCUUAUCUUUCAGGCACUUGCAGGUGUAUAUGUGGUUGUCCAGUCUCUACCCAAUGUGCUUUGGGUGAUGAUACUGUUGCUGUUCAUUUCUGGGACUUCUAAGUAUCUGGAAAGGACAAUUGCGUUGUACCUCGCAAGUUCAGACAAGUUCAGGGGCUCGAUGUUGCAGGCUUCCAAUCUAGGGUUUGAAAACAACGAGCAAACAAAGAACCUAGAUACGGACUCAAUAAUUGCAUCUGAGAUGUACAUGAAGGAGAACCGCGGACAGCCGAAACCUCUGAAACUCAUGUUUCCCGAUAGACGCUUGACCCACCUUGAAAUUCUUCAAUAUGCUUUCUUGUUUUUCAACAACUUCAAGAGUCUUAUGGUCAAUAACAUCUUCAGCUCGGAGCUGCGUGACGAAAGCAAAGCAUUCUUUAGCUCAUUACAUGAUGAUGAAGCUCUAAGUAUUAUAGAGGUUGAGCUUGAUUUUAUCUAUGAAGGCCUAUACACAAAAGGUGCGGUUCUUCAUAGUUGGCUUGGACUUGUGUCCCGUCUUCUAUCAUUGGGAUCUCUUCUGUCAGCCUUGGGCAUCUUCCAUUAUAGACACAACAAGAUCAAAGAGUUUCAAAAAGGUGACAUUGUGAUCACCUAUACGUUGUUCUUAGUCGGCAUAGCUCUGGAUUUUAUAUCCAUCCAGGUGUUCAUGGUUUCCGACUGGACAACAGCCAUCCUUGCAAAGCUUAAGGAUGACCCCGACGAGAUGUAUUCAAGAAAAGACAGCAUACUCAAUUGGAUGUUUUCUUUGAAGACGCCAAAGUGGAAGAGGCAAACAUGUCGUGCUGGACAUCAGCAGAAGGCGCUUAAGAGACCGUUUCUACUCAGAAGAUGGAAAGAAAGUAUCAACAUGUUAAACUUCAUCACAUACUCCAUGAAUGCAGAUACAGAAAAGAUCCACAACCCAACGGAUAGAACAUGCAGGCAUUUAUGGAAGACAUGUGUUUUCCCGUUCAGUUACGCUAUCUCCAUCAUCCACACUUGGUUUGGACACAUCACCAGAUGGUUUCGUGAUCUUCAUCAGAAUAUUCUCCCCCAUGUGAUCAUUCUACCCCCAGGAGAAAAUCAGGUGGCUCGUUUUGUUAUCGCCACCUUCAAGACCCUCGUUGAAUUUUGGUACCAGGUACCUUACAUUUUUGCGUUUCUUGGCACCCGCUUCAUCAACUUCAUGGGCAUCAAAGAUCUCCUCCAUGAAAUAAGACUGGUAAGAUCUGUACACAAUGAACCCUUGACAAAAAACCUAUGGUGUUUCAUAAAUUUGGAGCUGAAAUCCCAGAAUCUAUACAGCCUGGAGAAUACCAAAACAAAAUCCACGGCCAGGAGAGGUUGGGCAUCAAGCGAUACCCAGAUUCAAAUAGCAGAUAAUGAAAUGCUAUUGCAUUACAUAAGAGAUGUUGAUUAUGACCAUAGUCUUUUGAUUUGGCACAUUGCCACCGAGCUAUGUUACCAAGAAGAAGCUUCCACCAAUGAGAACUGCGAUAAAUAUGAGUAUCAGACUGACCGUGAGAUCAGCAAAAUCCUCUCGGACUACAUGAUGUAUCUCUUGAUCAUGCAGCCCAAGCUGAUGUCAGAGGUAGCUGGCAUAGGAAAGAUCAGAUUCAGAGACACAUUGGCCGAAGCUGAGAGAUAUUUCAAGAAGAUGGGUAUCAUAAACUCUAGGAGCGUGAAAUUAGCCAGUGAGAAAAUUCUUUCAGUCGAUACCAGCAUCGAAGCAAGAGAUGUCAAAGGAAAUCAUAGCAAAUCAGUUUUAUUUGAGGUAAGUUCAGUGGCCAAAGAACUUCAGAAAAUGGAGAAGGAUUUUGGAAAAGACAAAUGGAAGACACUUAGCAAAGUGUGGUUGGAAUUCCUCUUCCACGCAGCAUCCCAUUGUGACGGUACAACACGUUUGGAGCUUCUAAGCAAAGGUGGAGAGUUCAUAAACUUCGUUUGGCUACUAAUGGCUCACUUUGGCCUAGGGGAUUGAUAAGCUCAGAUCAAGAAUGGCGAUUCAGAGCCGCCACAACUUAAGGUGUCUGUGUCUCAAAUUUGCUUAUGUUUAAAUACUUUGUGUUUUUCCACUAUUCAAUAAGCAUCACAGCCAAACGAACUGCAAUCCUAACAUUGAAGCAAACUCAUA